UCCCAUUGAUCAUUUUUCUCUGCAUCACUGUAAGCCUUUUAGAGUAUUCUCAGGUUUUGUUUAAAACAUAAUCACAAUCCUCUCGUUGAUCUAUCUCAUUCCCUAGGAUGCAUUUAGGAUUUUGCUUCCAAGGUGUUCCCCAAAAGACACUUUUUACGUCUGAGCAUAGCUUUCAACCCUUUGUAAACGCUACUGCCUACCAUCAUAACAAAUGAAUUCACAUAGGUGAAAGUCAUUCAUGUGAUCGCAUUCAGUUCAGUCUUCACUCGCUCAUAGAAAUUUAUUCAGAAAACUAUGGAAGCUGAACUAAAAUGUGGAACCUGCAGAAGGGGAAUUUUGUUUCCCACAAGCACUAUUGUAUAUCAUUGCUAUAAUUGCCAGAGAGUUAUUUUUUCACGUCCAAAUGCGCAAGCAAAGAUUACCUGCUCAGGCUGUGGAGGAGAGUUUGUAGUUCCCAUAAAGACUGGUGCAUACCGAUGCUCUAUCUGCCAAGCUGUUACUACAAUUUCAGGACCUGUGCAACGGAGCUCAGACAGUCCAAUUCCCGGCCAAAAGCUGAAACUUGAUUCUAUAUUGUUCAAACGUAAUCAGUCUGACAGGAGCCAUCAGUCAUCGUCGUCUUCAACAGAAUCUCCCUUCGCCUUGUCUAGCAGAUGUAACAAGCGAGCGUUGCUAUGCGGAGUUACCUACAAGAAAAAAAGAUACAAGCUCAAAGGAACCAUUAAUGAUGUUAUGAACAUGAGAGAGAUGCUGGUUAAAUUCUUUGAUUUUCCAAAAGAGAGCAUCCGUAUUCUCACGGAAGAUGAGAAAGAUCAACAUUUAGUUCCAACGAAGAAGAACAUAUUAGAGUCCUUAAAGUGGCUCGUGGAGGGCUGCCGGGCAGGAGACUCACUGGUCUUUUACUUCUCAGGACAUGGGCUGCAACAGCCUGAUUUGAAGGAAGAUGAGCUUGAUGGAUUCGAUGAAACUCUUUGUCCUGUUGAUUUUCUGCGAGAAGGCAUGAUCGUUGACAAUGAUUUAAACUCUAUCCUUGUUUGGCCACUAGAGAAGGGCGUCAAACUUCAUGCUAUUGUUGAUGCUUGUCAUAGUGGCACAAUUCUUGAUCUUGCUUAUGUCUAUAAACUAGAGAACCAUGAGUGGGAGGAUAACAAACCCCCCGCAAAAGUGCCUAUGAGAAAACAUACAAGCGGUGGUCUGGCCAUUUGUUUCAGCGCUUGUGAAGAUAAUCAGAUUGCUGUUGAUACAACAGCUUUUAGAAGGGGAAUGCAUGGUGUUAUGACCUAUCUUUUUAUAAAAGCAAUCAAAGAAAACCCAGUUAUAACAUAUGGAGGGAUACUAAAAAAGAUCCAAGAGGGAAUUGCAACGAUUAAUCAAAAGAGCUGUUAUCCCAGAAUAUGUCAUCGUUCUUGCCGGCAUUAUAUUAUACAGGAUCCUAUUCUAUCAUCAUCUGAAAAAUUUGAUGUUUUCAAGACGACAUUCACAUUGUGAGCUGAACAAUCUUAUCCGUACAACUUGUAUUUAAACGGAGAUGGAGAGAGAAUAGGGAGUGCGUGUAAAGAGAAGAAACUGGGCACUUCCAUUAUUUGAUGUUAAUCUCUCUCCUAAAUGUAUGGUGCAUUAUUGCAGAAGAUCAUAAUCCUUUUUGUAUUAAUCUGGAAUUCUCAUUUC